CUAUAGUAUAGUAUCAGAUCAGACCCUUUACUUGUUGCAGCCAAGUCGUAAGAACAAUGUUGUUCCAGUGUGAUUGCAUACUAUAAGUGUUAUAGUUUUAUGUUUUACAGUGAAUUUAGGUAUUGUCCGUUAGUUUUAUAAUGGUUACAUAAUGGACUCCAACCGACCGCAUUCUCAGACACAUGUGAUGGAGGGGGAGUGGCCCAAGAUGUCGUCUCAGGCUCGUAGGACUCUAGGGUCGCUGAGGCAGAGGUUUACACUCUUCAGGACCUUCUACACCUUCUCCGCCUUCAUCCUGGCAGCCUCUGUGACGCCCUUCCUUAUACUGCUGUGUCUCGGUAUCAACGUUUGUCGCAUGUUCUGGCUGCGUAUGUUGGAGAGGCUCUACCCUGAGUUGGAGUUCGUCUCAUCCACGUCUGUUCGUACGACUGUGGACACGUUGCGCAACCAAGGGAUCAUCACUGUCGUUCUGCAAGUCAAGGGCCACUGUGACAUACAUCAGUUUCGGAGCAAGUUGCAGUCAGAAAUCUUGGACCGCAAGAAGAAUGGACAACUAGUGUUUCCGCACCUGCGGACAAGACUUACAUCUCUGUGGGGUUGGUACGCCUGGUGCCGAGGAUCCGACAUCAACUUCAACAUCAACAACCAUGUAGCAGUUACGGAGGCGGUCUAUAACAGUGGACUCCGAGAUGAUCUUAACUGUCAGAAGUUCAUCAGUGAGAUGGUGUCCAAGUACAUCCGUCCAGAUCAUCCUCCGUGGCAUCUCCUGGUAAUCCCUUCCGCAGACAAGUUCUACGUGCUGAUACGUCUGCACCACUUGUACCUCAGUGAGGAGAGGCUCGGUCUAGGAGACUUACUGUUGCUGGAGCCAGAUACCCACGUCUGGUCGGAAGAGGUAGAAGAGUAUCUAGACCAUGAGCACUUGCUGUCUGGAACAUUCAAAACACCUGUGGCCAUUCCCCAGGUCUACCAACACGUGUGUGAAUCGUUCUCCAACUCCUGGAAUGAGCUUGUCUCAGUCUACGACCCCCUGGAGAACCCGAAGAUCACCUGCAGCACCCCUACACUGAAGAGCUUCAUCAUCCUCGCGGCCAUUGUGGUGGUCUCCAUCAUCAAGAUACACAUCCGCAAUGAGAACGGAAACCUGGUGGCCAUAAUCAAGAAUGAGACUAAGAGGAGAGGAUUGACUGCUCGGCUGUUCUGGCGAUCGCUGCUUAUGACGUUUCACCCGGUUGUGGUGACCAGAGCAGUUCUCAUGUGGGUCUGGUGGAUCCUAGUCAACUCUUCCCUCCAACUGCUCCGACUCACACUCAACAUUCCGGUCUACUUCUACUGGAUGAUACUGGGAUAUCAUGUACUUCGUGAGCUAGUCUACCUCAGCAAAGUCAUCAUAACCGCACCAAGAGUGCUGCUGAGAGAGUUACUGUUCCCUAAGCCGGGUGUGGACAGUCACCACUUGCAGACCGUGUCACUGUGUGGUCGUAAGGCAGUCAGCUGGUCGGAGCCUGUGCCAUUGGAGUUCAUCCAUCGCAUACACACGGCCACUGGAGCCUCGUCCUGUGAGAUCAUGUUGGCGGCUGUGUCGGCCAGCCUCAGAGAUUACUUCAGAUAUUUAGGGUUUAAAGUUCCACAAAUGGUGAUGACGACGGCUCGCUUCAUCCCUCAGGAGAAGCUACUGGCUCAGUCAGCCAGCUCUGUGCCACACGAGGGAGGCUUGUUGUGCCUAGACCUGCCAUUGUGGCUGCCUGACGAACCUUUCGAAAACUUGGGAAUUGUACAAGCAGCUCUGUUCAGGGCGCGAGCUAACCAGGCCCCUCUCUACCUAGCGUCAUUGUUUGGUCUCGACCACUCUAUAAUUCCCAAGAUCUUCCCUUCAAUCAUUGCUCGGAUCAUCCUAAACCUCCUGUCUCGGAGAUAUGCCGUCACAAUCACACAGGUUGACGCUACCAGCACGGAGAAGAAGAGAAGACGGAUGUUGUGGGGACAGGAAGUGGAGGGGAUAAUGUACUGGAGGCCUCCACAGGCCAACAUAAGUCUGUCUCUGACAAUCAUGAGCUAUGGAGACUCAGUCAGGCUGGGAGUCAUGUCAGACACCCAGAUAUCACCACAACACUCGGUGGUCAGUUACAACUUUGACAAACACAUCACACAGUUGGCCACCCUAGCCGGAGUCAGCAGACGACCUUCGCGAUCAUCCUUGGACAGCUGAUGUGGCAACCACCAGCUGUUCUUUAAUAUCCAUGAUGGAUUCGCUUCGGCUUCGGGUUGGUCAAAAUUAGCAGUUUACAUUACCUGACCCUUUUUAAUGGGUAGUUUUUACGCCAGGGUUAGCUCCUGAAUGGUAAAUGUAAGAUGUAUUACUCACCAGCUAUGUUCCUCAGUUGGGGAGUUACACUGAGCUGUAAUUACAACUGGAGUCACCACUAUGUGUUUAAAAAGCGUACCGGUACCACUGUUUUGCUGCUUUUUCAGUUUUUCGUAUUGUUAUGUUGGCCUAUGAUCGGUUGGUUGGAUAGCUGUCAAAUUCGAACCAAUCAGAUGGGGUUAUUUUUGACAAGUCCAACCAACCAAGACUGUGUGACCAACCACGGCAACAAGCGGCCAUCUUGAUGGCACCCUUUUCUCUAAUUUACAACUGGAGAGUAGUGACUCCAGUUAUAAUCUAUUCAUCUCAAUAGUGAGUAAUAAUAUAUCUUGCCUGAGUAGUUUUAUCAAACAACAGCUGUUUUAUGUGUCAAGAGUGCAUCAUUCAUAAGCCAAUCAUAACCUAAUGAGCUUCGUUGAUGUUUGAAACAGCUGUAAUUAGAUAAAAUACAUAGGAUCAUUAGAUACAAGCAUUGAGUAUUAGAUACUGAAGUAGACAUCCCAUCUAUAUAGACCAGGGGCCUAUUUCAUAAUAAACUACAUUUUACAAGUUACAACUUGUAACUUGUAAUUUCCGUUAGAUAUGCAUUGGGCCAUCAGCUAAUU